AUGAAAAUCCAGCUGAUCCCGAGCCAGCUGAAGCCCGACUCCGAUUCAGCUGAUCCUCAGUCGGAUCCAAACAUUCUUGAACCUAUGGCUCUGCAGCAUUCAGCUGAUCAUCGGAUUCAGCUGAUCUUCUUCCAGGCCCGUCAGCUCUUGAGCCAGUACUCCCAAAAUUUCCAGCUGCUUGCAAGCAUAGACGAAUCAAGGAUCAAACCCGAGCAGCCUGUUUCAGCCGUCCCAACUCCAGUACCAUUUGAUGAGAUUUAUGAAGUGGGAGAUGAGCUUGGACAAGGAGGCUUUGGCACUGUGUACGAGGGGACUUCAAAAAAUCAACGCAAGAAGGUUGCUAUCAAAAUCAUCCUCAAGUGUGAAAGAGACCGUUAUAUUGAACUACCUGGCUGUUCAAAGCCACUGUUUGCAGAAGUGGCUGCAAACCUGCUGCUGAAACAGGCUCCAUUAAGCCCCUACAUUGUGUACAUGCUGGAAUGGUUUGAAGAGGAGGAUCGGUUCAUCCUCAUCCUGGAACAUCCGGAACCCUGCAAGGACUUGCUCAAAUUUGUGGUUAACAACAUGCAUUGGGCGAACGAAUUACAGACACGUAGCCUGAUGUAUCAAGCGGUGCUCGGGGCCAAGCACUGUCUUGACCGAGGUGUCUUUCACCGGGACAUUAAGUUGAAUAACUUUCUGAUCAACACGACGACUAACCGAGUCCAACUAAUAGACUUUGGCUGCAGUGACCUCGUCAAAAGUACAGGCUACUUGGGUGGUUUUAUAGGAGGAGUCUGCCCGCCUGAAUACUACAACGACUUAAGAUACAAGGCAGAGCCAACAACCGUCUGGUCUCUGGGUGUAAUGAUGUACACAAUGAUGUGCAAAUGUCGACCCUUUAGAAGUCCUGAAGACAUGAUGCAUGGCAGUCUGAGUUUUAACGUUAGAGUAUCCACAGAAUUGCAGAACUUGAUAAGUCGCUGCCUGACUGUUGACCCAACUAAGAGAGCGACUAUUGAGGAGAUCCUACAGCAUAAAUGGUUU